GAGUCUUGCAAGCAACAAUUUGACGGGCUCCAUUCCCAACGGCAUCUCCGAGCUUUCUAAGCUCACUUAUUUAAAUUUCUCAUCCAAUUCCCUCAUUGGCCCCAUAGUCGUCGACUUUGUUUCCCGUAAUCGCAUCGCCUAUCUAAAUUACGCUGCUAAUAACCUGAGUGGGUACAUUCCAGCUAGUAUUGAACAACAAACUGCAUUGGAGUGCUUGUCUCUUUCAAACAACAAUUUGACGGGUCCCAUUCCUGAUGGCAUCUCCAUGCUUGCUCAACUCACUUCUCUGUCUCUGUCGAACAACAUCUUGGCGGGUUCGAUUCCCAAUGGCAUCUCCAUGCUUUCUUGGCUCACUUAUCUGGAUCUCUCAUCCAAUUCCCUCAGUGGCAACAUAUUCAGUGACUUUGAAUUGCUUGAUCGCCUCAACUAUCUAAACCUUUCUGAUAAUGAUCUCAGCGGUGAGAUUCCAGCUGAGAUUGGAGGCUUCACUUUAUUGAAGUACUU